ACUGUGAUUAUGUCAUUGCUCGGGACAAACAUGGCGUUGGUCUUAAACAGAAAAACAGGUGGCGCUGCCGUCCCAUUAGAUGUCCAGGAGGUUGCUUGUGAAAUGCCCCGAGCCUGUAACAUGAGCAAAUACAGUGACUGGUACAGAGUGGGAUCCACCUGUGUCAAGUACUUCAAGACUCCUCUCAACUUCAGUAUGGCUGAGAUGGAGUGCAGGUCUGCUGCCCCCAGUGGCCACCUGGUGUCAGUGCACAACUGCAUGGACAACUCGGAUCUCCUCUGCCUGGUGAAGAAGCAUAACCCCCAGAACCUUCGCUUCUGGCUGGGCGGAUUUGAACUCUUCCAGUCUGGUCAGUAUAUGUGGACGGACGGGUCCAAAUGGGAUUUCGAAGAGUGGACCCCAGGAGAGCCCAUCUCACGGUGGAAGAACCGCGAGGACUGUGUGGAAAUGAACUGGAGCCAUGUCGGGAAGUGGAACGAUGACGCCUGUUCCAGAAAGAAGGGAUACAUGUGUGCCUUCAAGCAUUCUCAUUCUUCCUUGGACGGAGCUGUUUGAAAUGGUACCCUAAUCCACACAUAGUGCACACAUUUUGACCGAAGUCCUAUAGGCGGUGCAAUGGAAAGGGUCCCAUGUGACCCCCAUCCAGCUUUCUGACACUGAAACCGAACCACGGAUGGGUGUCUGCUUCAA